AUGCGAGUCCUCUCCCGAGUCCUCGCCGCCGCCGUCCUCCACCUCCUGCUCCUUCAUAGCUCAGCAACGAGGGUUCCGCGAGUGCCGGAGAACCAGAUUCUCCUUUCCUUGAGGUCCAACUUCUCUGACCCACUCGGUGCCCUCGUUUCCUGGAACGCCGGGGGCGACCACUGCCGCUGGGUCGGCGUCACGUGCGACUCCUCCCAUGGCGGCGGCGGCGCCGUCGUCUCCCUCGACCUCGCCGGUCUCAACCUCUCGGGCGUCCUCUCCCCCGCCGUCGGUCACCUCCGUUCUCUGGUGAACCUCUCCGUCGCCGCCAACGCCCUCACCGGGCCCAUCCCCUCCGACCUCUCCCACCUUCCCUUCCUCCGCCACCUCAAUCUCUCCAACAAUGUCUUCAAUGGCACCUUCCCGGCGGCGCUCUCCCGCCUGCAAAACCUUCAGGUGCUCGACCUCUACAACAAUAACCUCACCGGCGAGCUCCCCGUCGAGGUCUCCGCCAUGGCCCAGCUCCGCCACCUCCAUCUUGGCGGCAACUUCUUCUUCGGCAGCAUCCCGCCGGAGUACGGCCGGUGGGAGUUCCUGGAGUACCUCGCCGUCUCCGGCAACGAGCUAACUGGUUCCAUCCCCCCAGAGAUCGGGAACUUGACUCGCCUGCAGCAGCUCUACAUCGGCUACUACAACACCUUCACAGGAGUGAUCCCCCGGGAGAUUGGGAACCUGUCUUCUCUCCUCCGCCUGGACAUGGCGAACUGCGGGAUCUCCGGCGAGAUUCCUGCAGAGAUGGGGAAGCUGGAGAGGCUCGACACACUGUUCCUGCAGGUUAACGGCCUGACCGGCGAGCUCACCUCGGAGCUCGGGAAGCUCAGAAGCCUCAAAUCCAUGGAUCUCUCCAACAACGGGCUCACCGGAGGAAUCCCAUCGUCGUUCUCGGAGCUCAAGAACCUGACGCUGCUGAACCUGUUCCGGAACAAGCUCCACGGGUCGAUCCCGGACUUCAUCGGGGACCUGCCGGAACUGGAGGUUCUGCAACUCUGGGAGAACAACUUCACCGGGAGCAUCCCCAACCAGCUAGGGAGCAACGGGAGGCUGAAGCUCCUUGAUCUGUCCUCCAACAAGCUCACCGGCAACCUCCCGCCGGAUCUUUGCAUGGGGAACAAUCUGGAGGUGCUGAUCAUGUUAGGAAACUUCCUAUUCGGGCCCAUUCCGCCAUCUCUCGGCAGGUGCGAAUCCCUCAGCAGGAUUCGUAUGGGGGAGAACUACCUCAAUGGGUCCAUCCCGGAGGGCCUCUUCAGCCUCCCGAACCUAGCGCAGGUGGAGUUACAGGAUAAUCUCCUCGCCGGCGAGUUCCCGGAGACCGUGGGGAGGACCAUCUCCCCCUUUCUCGGGCAGAUCAGCCUCUCUAACAACAGGUUGACGGGAGAUCUCCCGGCCUCCAUUGGGAACUUCUCUGGGUUGCAGAAGCUACUUCUGAAUCAGAAUCUCUUCUCCGGCGGCAUACCGCCUGAGAUUGGGCAGCUGCAGCAGCUCUCAAAGAUGGACCUCAACGGGAACAGGCUCACCGGCGGCAUCCCGGCGGAGAUUGGCCGGUGCAAGUUGCUGACUUUCGUCGAUCUCAGCCGCAAUGCCAUAUCUGGGGAGAUACCCUCCGAGAUCACCGAAAUGCGCAUUCUGAACUACCUCAAUUUGUCGAGAAACCACCUCGUUGGGAGCAUUCCAGCGGCGAUCUCAACGAUGCAGAGCUUGACGGCGGUGGACUUCUCGUACAACAACCUCUCCGGCGUCGUCCCCGGCACCGGUCAGUUCAGCUACUUCAACUCCACGUCGUUCGUCGGCAAUCCCGAGCUCUGCGGGCCUUAUCUCGGCCCCUGCGGCGCCGGCGCCGUCGGCGACUCUCCGGCGGCCCACGUCAAGGGACCUCUGUCAGCCUCCUCCAAGCUUCUGCUGGUCAUUGGUCUCCUCCUCUGCUCCAUAGCCUUCGCGGCGGCGACCAUAGUGAAAGCCCGGUCUCUGAAGAAGGCGAGCGAGGCUCGCGCAUGGAAGCUCACCGCUUUCCAGCGCCUAGAUUUCACCUCCGACGACGUGCUGGAUUGCUUGAAGGACGAGAAGGUAAUCGGCAAGGGCGGCGCCGGCGUAGUCUACAAGGGCGACAUGCCCAACGGUGAGCAGGUGGCCGUGAAGCGGCUGCCGGCGAUGAGCAGGGGGGGAUCCUCCCAUGACCAUGGAUUCUCAGCGGAGAUUCAGACGCUGGGGAGGAUCCGCCAUCGCCACAUCGUGAGGUUGCUGGGUUUCUGCUCCAACCAGGAGACGAACCUCCUGGUUUACGAGUACAUGCCCAACGGGAGCUUGGGGGAGCUGCUCCACGGGAAGAAGGGCGGCCACCUCCACUGGGACACGAGGUACAAGAUCGCCCUGGAGGCCGCCAAGGGGCUCUGCUAUCUCCACCAUGACUGCUCCCCGCUGAUCCUCCACCGCGACGUGAAGUCCAACAACAUCCUCCUCGACUCCAACUUCGAAGCCCACGUCGCCGACUUCGGCCUCGCCAAGUUCCUCCAGGAUUCCGGGACCUCCGAGUGCAUGUCCGCCAUCGCCGGCUCCUACGGCUACAUCGCCCCAGGUAUCAACCCAUCUUCUUCUGCCCUAAAAUCUUGGUCGAAAGAUUCAUUCAUUCCUUCGUUUACUGUUGUUUUUUUGUUGUUUUACGUGGAGCAGAGUACGCCUACACGCUGAAGGUGGACGAGAAGAGCGACGUCUACAGCUUCGGGGUGGUGCUGUUGGAGCUCCUCACGGGGAGGAAGCCGGUGGGGGAGUUUGGGGACGGCGUUGACAUUGUGCAGUGGGUGAGGAUGACGACGGACUCUCAGAAAGAAGGGGUCCUCAAGGUGCUUGACCCGAGGCUCCCCACUCUUCCUCUCCACGAGGCGAUGCACGUCUUCUACGUCGCCAUGCUCUGCGUGGAGGAGCAAAGCGUGGAGCGCCCCACCAUGAGAGAAGUCGUCCAGAUGCUUUCCGAGCUUCCCAGGCCGGCGGCGCAGAAGCAGACCGACGAAAGCGACGGCGCCGGCGGGGGAGACCAGCCGCAGCAGCUGCAACACCAGCCACCGCCGACUCCCCCCGAUCUCCUCAGCAUCUGA